AGAAUAUCUAUGGGUCGAAACGUGAUGCGAUGAAUCCGAGAGAGACCGAAACUGGGACGAGGAGUGCGGCGGAAGCGGCGGGACUCCCAGGCAUGGGGGCUUCACCACAAUAGAGGCAGCGCCCCCACCCGCACCCGCCAGCCCUCCGGAGCAAAGCCCCCAAACCCCCUCGGGAAAAGGAUGGCGGCGGCACCUACCCAGAUCGAAGCCGAGCUGUAUUACCUGAUCGCUAGGUUCUUGCAGUCCGGACCCUGUAACAAAUCCGCUCAGGUGCUAGUGCAAGAGCUCGAGGAGCAUCAGCUGAUUCCGCGCCGCUUAGACUGGGAGGGGAAAGAGCACCGAAGAAGCUUCGAGGAUCUGGUGGCAGCCAAUGCACACAUUCCUCCAGACUACCUCCUUAAGAUUUGUGAGAGAAUUGGUCCCUUGUUAGAUAAGGAGAUCCCUCAGAGUGUCCCUGGGGUACAGACAUUACUAGGUGUUGGUCGGCAGUCUCUGUUACGGGAUGCCAAAGACUGUAAGAGUACACUAUGGAAUGGGUCUGCCUUUGCAGCUCUACACAGAGGCAGACCUCCAGAACUACCUGUAAAUUAUGUGAAACCUCCAAAUGUGGUGAAUAUCACCUCAGCCAGGCAAUUAACCGGAUGUAGUCGCUUCAGCCAUGUGUUCCCUUCAUCUGCUUACCAGCAUAUUAAGAUGCAUAAGAGAAUCCUGGGGCACUUAUCUUCUGUCUACUGUGUAGCAUUUGAUCGAAGCGGGAGGCGAAUCUUUACAGGUUCAGAUGACUGUUUGGUGAAAAUCUGGGCUACAGAUGAUGGACGCCUCCUUGCUACACUGCGAGGGCACUCUGCUGAAAUCUCUGACAUGGCCGUUAAUUAUGAAAAUACUCUCAUUGCUGCAGGCAGCUGUGAUAAAGUUGUGAGAGUAUGGUGUCUUCGAACUUGCGCACCAGUUGCUGUCCUUCAGGGACAUUCAGCUUCUAUUACUUCCAUACAGUUUUGUCCAUCAACUAAAGGCACAACUAGAUACCUCACUUCGACUGGUGCUGAUGGGACAAUAUGUUUCUGGCAAUGGCAUGUAAAAACAAUGAAGUUUAGGGAUCGCCCAGUAAAAUUUACUGAGAGAUCCAGACCUGGAGUUCAGAUAUCUUGUUCAUCUUUCAGUUCUGGUGGUAUGUUCAUUACAACAGGUAGCACUGACCAUGUUAUUAGAAUAUACUAUUUGGGUUCUGAGAUACCAGAGAAAAUUGCAGAAUUAGAAUCACAUACGGACAAAGUUGUUGCUGUUCAGUUCUGUAACAACGGAGACAGUUUAAGAUUUGUUAGUGGAAGUAGAGAUGGAACAGCAAGAAUAUGGCAAUAUCAACAACAGGAAUGGAAGAGUAUAGUGCUAGAUAUGGCUACUAAAAUGAGUGGGAAUAAUUUGACCUCCGCAGAAGACAAAGUCACUAAGCUGAAGGUGACAAUGGUGGCUUGGGAUCGUUAUGACACCACUGUUAUUACUGCAGUGAACAAUUUCCUUUUGAAAGUUUGGAAUUCUGUCACAGGGCAACUUCUUCAUACUUUGUCUGGGCACGAUGAUGAAGUGUUUGUUCUAGAAGCACAUCCAUUUGAUCAAAGGAUAAUACUUUCAGCGGGUCAUGAUGGGAACAUUUUUAUUUGGGACCUUGACCGAGGGACCAAAAUUCGAAAUUAUUUUAAUAUGAUUGAAGGCCAAGGUCAUGGGGCAGUGUUCGAUUGUAAAUUUUCACCAGAUGGAAACCAUUUUGCCUGCACAGAUUCUCAUGGUCAUUUGUUGCUAUUUGGCUUUGGCUGCAGUAAAUACUACGAAAAGAUUCCAGAUCAGAUGUUCUUCCACACUGAUUAUCGACCACUUAUCCGAGAUGCGAAUAACUAUGUAUUGGAUGAGCAAACUCAGCAAGCUCCUCACCUUAUGCCUCCACCGUUCUUGGUGGAUGUCGAUGGAAAUCCUCAUCCUACAAAAUUUCAACGACUGGUACCAGGACGGGAAAAUUGUAAAGAUGAGCAGCUUAUUCCUCAGCUGGGUUAUGUGGCUAAUGGUGAUGGUGAGGUGGUAGAACAGGUAAUUGGGCAGCAAACCAAUGACCAAGAAGAAAGCAUUCUUGAUGGGAUAAUCAGGGAGUUACAGAGAGAACAAGACCUCCGACUAAACAACGAAGGAAAUGUUCCACAUUUUCCAACUAAUAGAUCAUAUUCUGUUAAUGGUGCUCUGAGUAGUCCAAAUAUGGACAUACCCUCUUCUCCAAAUAUUGGGCUUCGGCGUAGUGGUCAAAUUGAAGGUGUUCGGCAAAUGCAUAACAAUGCUCCUAGGAGCCAGAUGGCCACUGAACGAGAUCUCAUGGCCUGGAGCAGAAGAGUGGUGGUAAAUGAACUAAAUAAUGGAGUUAGUAGGGUUCAAGAGGAAUGUCGCACUGCGAAAGGUGACCUAGAAAUUAGUCUUUAUACAGUCGAAAAGAAGAAAAAGCCAUCUUCUACUAGCCAAAGAAAUGAUCAUCAGCCUAGCUGUGGGCGGUCUUUACGGAGGACACAGCGCAAGCGUCAGCAUACUUACCUAACACGGUCCAACAUAGAGCAUAAUUCACAGGCAUCAUCUCAAAAUGCAGGUGUACAAGAAGAUUCAGACAGCUCCUCGGAGGAAGAUGAAACUGUUGGCACAAGUGAUGCUUCUGUAGAAGACCCUGUUGUUGAGUGGCAAAGUGAAAGCUCUUCCAGUGAUUCAUCAAGUGAAUAUUCUGACUGGACAGCGGAUGCUGGGAUAAAUUUGCAGCCUCCCAAGAGACAAACGAGACAGGCAGCGCAGAAGAUCUUCAGCAGCUCUGAAGAUGAAAAGGUGAAGCCCUUAGAAGAUAGGAAGAAGAAGACUAAGCAGACGAGAAAGAAGAAAGGGGGACUUGUUUCUAUGGCAGGCGAACCCAAUGAAGAAUGGUUUGCCCCUCAGUGGAUCUUGGAUACUAUACCACGGCGUUCUCCAUUCGUUCCACAGAUGGGAGAUGAGCUUAUUUAUUUUAGGCAAGGACAUGAAGCUUAUGUGAGAGCUGUGAGGAAAUCAAAAAUAUAUAGUGUUAAUUUACAAAAACAGCCAUGGAACAAAAUGGAUCUCAGGGAGCAAGAAUUUGUUAAGAUUGUAGGAAUCAAAUAUGAGGUUGGACCACCUACUCUGUGCUGCUUGAAACUUGCAUUUUUGGACCCCAUUUCAGGCAAAAUGACUGGAGAGUCUUUUUCUAUUAAGUAUCAUGACAUGCCAGAUGUCAUUGAUUUCCUUGUGUUACAUCAGUUUUAUAAUGAAGCCAAAGAAAGGAACUGGCAGAUUGGUGAUAGAUUCCGCAGUAUAAUAGAUGAUGCUUGGUGGUUUGGAACUGUGGAAAGCCAGCAGCCUUUCCAGCCAGAAUAUCCUGAUAGCUCUUUCCAGUGUUACAGUGUUCACUGGGACAAUAAUGAAAGAGAAAAGAUGAGCCCCUGGGAUAUGGAGCCAAUUCCAGAAGGAACUGCUUUUCCAGAUGAAGUUGGUGCUGGUGUUCCUGUGUCCCAGGAAGAACUGACUGCUUUGCUGUACAAACCCCAGGAAGGAGAGUGGGGGGCUCAUUCCAGAGAUGAGGAAUGUGAACGAGUCAUUCAGGGCAUCAACCACCUUCUUUCCCUGGAUUUUGCCAGCCCUUUUGCUGUUCCAGUGGAUCUCAGUGCCUACCCCUUGUAUUGUACUGUAGUUGCUUAUCCAACCGACCUCAAUACCAUCAGACAAAGACUUGAAAAUCGCUUUUACAGGAGAAUAUCAGCAUUAAUGUGGGAGGUACGCUAUAUUGAGCAUAAUGCUAGGACUUUCAAUGAGCCAGAUAGUCCUAUAGUUAAAGCGGCGAAGAUUGUGACUGAUGUCUUACUUCGAUUUAUUGGGGAUCAAAGCAGUACUGAUAUUUUGGAUACUUAUAAUAAAGUUAAAGCAGAAGAACUAAACAGCAGUGAUGCAGAGGAGGAUACAGAAAUGGUUGAUUUAGAUUCAGAUGGUCCUGGAACUUCAUCUGGAAGAAGGGUCAAAUGUCGAGGCAGAAGACCAUCUUUGAAGUGUAAUCCUGACGCUUGGAAAAAACAAUGCAAAGAACUAUUGAGCCUCAUUUAUGAACGUGAAGACUCAGAGCCAUUCCGACAGCCUGCAGAUCCUCCUUCUCAACCAGCUCAACAACAGCAAGAAGGAGAACCCUCAGCAUCAGCUCUUCCAGAGAGUCAAGAUCCAUCUCAGUCUGAGGAUUAUCAAGAUGGUAUAGACACACCUAUGGACUUCAGCACUGUGAAAGAAACUUUGGAAUCAGGAAAUUAUGAUAGUCCUCUGGAAUUUUAUAAAGAUGUUCGCCAAAUAUUCAGCAACUCCAAAGCUUAUACUUCUAAUAAAAAGUCAAGGAUCUAUAGCAUGACGCUGAGAUUGUCUGCCUUAUUUGAAAAUCACAUUAAAAAUAUCAUCUCUGAAUAUAAGUCAGCAAUCCAAAGUCAGAAGAGGAGAAGGCCUCGGUACAGGAAGCGCCUGAGAAGCAGCAGCAGCUCACUGUCCAGCAGCAGAGCUCCUAGUAGUGAAGGUAGUUUUAAAAGCAGCUUGUAUUAAAAUUUCCUGAAAAACGAAAUUAUGUUAACAUCAUAAUCUCUUUAAACAUAAGUUUCAGAUGCUGCUGAAGGUGUUUCACAAUAUCUACUUGAUGAUGAAGGAGAUGGACCAUUUUCUCCAUCGAGUUUCAGUGGAUAUAGCCGAAGUGGAAAUAGCCAUGACCCAGGAAAAGCCAAAUCAUUUCGUAAUAGAGUUUUACCAGUUAAACAAGAUCACUCCACUGAUGGGCCUCUUACAAAUGGCGAUGGCAGAGAGCCCCGAACAGGAGCCAAAAGGAAACUCCUCAGUGCAUCAGAAGAGGACGAAAGCAUGGCAGGAGAAGAAAAGGAGAUGAAAGAAACAAAAGAGAAAGCGCAUUUGUCCUCCUCCGAGAGUGGAGAGUUAGGCUCCAGUUUAAGUUCAGAAAGCACCUGUGGCUCCGAUUCUGACUCGGAAUCUACUUCCAGAACAGACCAAGAUUAUGUAGAUGGCGAUCAUGACUAUAGCAAAUUCAUACAAACCAGACCUAAAAGAAAACUCAGAAAACAACAUGCCAAUGGAAAGAGAAACUGGAAGAUGAGAGGCACAGGAGGAAGAGGCAGAUGGGGAAGAUGGGGUAGAUGGAGUAGAGGAGGCAGAGGCAGAGGUGGCAGGGGGCGAGGGGGGCGAGGGAGAGGUGGAGGUGGGGGGAGAGGGCGAGGGCGAGGGAGAGGAGGAAGAGGUGCAUCUAGAGGAGCCACCAGAGCCAAGCGAGCACGUGUUGCCGAUGAUGAAUUUGAUACCAUGUUUUCAGGACGUUUCAGUAGACUUCCUCGAAUCAAAACAAGAAACCAAGGCAGGAGGACUGUUUUGUAUAAUGAUGAUUCGGAUAAUGACAAUUUUGUGUCCACUGAGGAUCCUCUGAAUCUUGGUACAUCCAGAUCAGGCAGAGUCCGUAAAAUGACAGAAAAAGCCAGGGUUAGCCAUCUCAUGGGAUGGAAUUAUUAACAGUUAAUGAAUUUAGAGUAAUUUUUAAGAAUAAAAUCAAUGGCCUUCUACUGCAGGGAAUUUACCAGAAAAUCUACAAAGCAAGUUGUGUGGGGACUUCUGCUUCCUUUCACAUUGGUGCUUUUCCAUUAUGCCAGUAUCCAUUUGUUUCAAGACUUUUAAUCUCCACACUUCAUUUGUUCAAACAAGCCUUACUCAUUAGGCCUUAAAUUAAAACAAAUUCUGCCCACACAUAUACAUGUGUGCACAUACACAUGCGUGGACAUGCGCACACAAGCGCGCACACACAUACACAUACACACACAUACGCACACACACACACACACACACACCACAGACACACUACAGAUUUACUACAUUAAAGGAGCAUUCUGCUUCUUAAGAGUAGCAUGACAUUUUUAUCUCAAUAAGAUAUCCCUCUUUGCUUUUGUAUCACAGAAGUAUAGCACCUUCUUACAGAGUUUUAUAUAGUUUGUUUUUGCCAUUUUGAUUCCUAUACCCAGUAAUAAUAACUUUUGCACAAUACACCAAUCCUAAAGGCAGCUAUUAAAUGUUUACAGUUUCUAUAUUGUAAGAACGAUCUGGAUUAUUUUACUCUUCCCAGGCCAAACUCUCAUGAACUGUACUGAACUGAAGUAUAUAUUUAUACUGCAGUUUUGGGGUGGGUGGGGGGAUCUUGAUAUGCUUUUCAUUGAUUUGCUUAAUUCACGUUUAAGGUGAGAAAGGGUUGGUGCCUUGUAAAUAUGUAGCAAAUCUUUGUGGUGUGUCCUGAUGUGUGCAUUAACUUUAUUAAAAGAGAAUACUUGAGGUAUCAAUCUAGACAAGGUGCCAAAU